GAAUCAUUUUGCUUUUGCUUUACGAAAUUGUGGUGGUGGAUGUCAGUGAAAGCAGCCAUCGGUAGUAAAGUUUUUUGAAGAAAUUUUCGUGCAGAGAAUUGAAAUGGCUGGUCUAGUUCAGGAUUGUUUUUCCAUCGGAAGUACCGUGGCUUGUACAACAUGCUACAACCAGAACUACGAGGGCGAAGUGCUGGCGUUUGACCAGCAAACCAAAAUGUUGAUAUUGAAAUGUUCGUCCGCCAGUAACACUUCGAAGCUGAAUGAUGUGUACAUUCUCAACUUGGCGCUCUGCAGUGAUGUGCAGGUCAAAAAAGAAGUAAACUCCAUACCGGACCCGCCACAGUCCUUGAAUCUACAGCGCCUGAGCACACGAGUCAGAAAUCAGGUGGAACAGAAGAAGCGGCAAGUUUCAGCCCUGGCGGCUGGGGUGAGUCAGGAAGGACAGAGUCUUUUUCUGGCGAUUGCACGAACUAUCAAUCAGAUAUCGUGGCAGGGUCCUAAUAUAGUUGUGUUCCAAGACGUAACCAUUACACCCCCCUACAAAGUAGAAAAUGUUAACGGACCACCAGAAUCCCGACAGCUAACACACGUAAAGAAAAUAGUCGAAAAACACCUCAAUGAUCAGGCCUCAGCGACUUCAAAUCUAACAUCAGCAACAGUUUCUGCCAAAUAGUGAAUGAAUGGUUGUUUGUUAGAAGAAGAAAGUAGAAUGAUUCAUCUAGAAUAAAAUUCCUUGGUCACGUACAGAAAACGAUCAAACAACUGCAAGUCAACCAUACAUUCAUCAACAAAAAAGUAAGUGAAAUACAUAUUACCAUCAAGUUGAAAAACGGCAGAACAAGAAAAAAACAGCAAACAAAA